GUGCAGACGCGCUUUGAGCAGCAGCAGCAGCAGCAGCAGCGGAGGAGGAAGAGAAAAGAGAAAAGAGAAAAGAGAAGCUCCGGUCUUCAGCCUUCAGCGCAGAAAGACUCAGUUCGCUUCGUUCCUCAGAAGAGUCAGUUUUAUUUCUUCACGUCGGGACUUAAAGCGCUCCUUCCGGCCCUGAGGAAUGCCCAGAGAGCUCACGCAGAACAGGAUCCAAAAGAUCUGGGUUCCCUCCAAGGAUGACAAACGACGAGCUGGCGCCCCCAACUUUGCCAACCCGCCCACCGUCAUCGUGAUGGUGGGCCUGCCGGCCCGAGGCAAGACCUACAUGUCAAAGAAACUCACACGCUACCUCAACUGGAUCGGCAUGCCCACCAAAGUCUUCAACGUAGGGGAGUACCGCAGGGAAGCGGUCAAGAACUACAGCUCCUACGACUUCUUCAAGCCUGAUAAUGAAUGUGCUGUGAAAAUCAGGGAGCAGUGUGCCUUAGCAGCCUUGAGGGACGUCAAGUCCUAUUUGAAGGACGAAGGAGGACAAGUGGCGGUUUUUGAUGCCACAAACACGACAAGGGACAGGCGAGACCUGAUCCUCAAGUUUGGCAGUGAGAACAGUUUUAAGAUCUUCUUCAUCGAGUCUGUGUGCGACGAUCCCAGCGUCAUCGCGUCCAACAUCAUGGAGGUGAAGGUGUCCUGUCCCGACUACCGGGACUGCAACAAGACUGAAGCCAUGCUGGACUUCCAGAGGAGGAUCGAAUGUUACAAAACCAGCUACCAGCCCCUGGACCCUGAUGAGUACGACCGGGAUCUCUCCUUCAUCAAGGUCAUAGACGUGGGUCGCAGAUUCCUGGUCAACCGAAUCCAGGACCACAUCCAGAGCAAGAUCGUCUACUACCUGAUGAACAUCCACGUCCAGCCCAGGACCAUCUACCUGUGCCGCCACGGCGAGAGCACAGACAACCUGGAGGGGCGUCUGGGAAGCGACUCUGGACUCUCCUCGCAGGGAAAACAGUUUUCGGCCGCCCUGGCCCGGUUCGUGGAGGAGCAGCAGCUGAAGGACCUGAAGGUGUUCACCAGCCAGCUGUGCCGCAGCAUCCAGACCGCCGAGCACCUGGGCAUCCCGUACGAGCAGUGGAAGGCCCUCAACGAGAUCGACGCUGGUGUGUGUGAGGACAUGACGUACGACGAGGUGAAGGAGAAGUUCCCCGAGGAGUUUGCGCUCAGAGAUGAGGAUAAAUACUACUACCGCUACCCCGCUGGAGAGUCCUACCAGGACCUGGUCCAGCGCGUGGAGCCGGUCAUCAUGGAGCUGGAGCGCAGCGAGAACGUCCUGGUGAUCAGCCACCAGGCCGUCAUGCGCUGCCUGCUGGCGUAUUUCCUGGACAAGAGUGCAGACGAGAUGCCCUACCUGAAGUGUCCCCUCCACACCGUGCUGAAGCUCACCCCGGUGGCGUACGGCUGCAAAGUGGAGUCCAUCUCUCUGAACGUGGAGGCGGUGAACACCCACAGGGACAGACCAGAGGAGGUGAAGAGGGGUCCCGGCACCCUGAUCAGAAGGAACAGCGUGACUCCUCUGACCAGCCCGGAGUCCAACAUCAAGAAGCCCCGCAUCGACGACCUGGACGAAGCCCCCAUCGAGAACCUGCCGGUUGCCUCGCUGGCCCUCUGCAGCCCUCCUCAUCUGCCUCUCGCCCUCACUGGACAGCACUGGCUGGGCAAAGUCUGCCUAACCUGAGGAGGAGCUCGGCGGGCCGCCGCGACGUCCUGCAGCACUGCCAGUGAGGCCGGCGGGGAUCGCCAAGAAAAUAAAGACUCUAAAUAACAUGAAACAAGCAGGAAAAGUCCAAAUCAAAGAGUUACUGUGCCGACUACUGUUCAAAGGAGGAUGGAGGAUUUUCUUUCUUUUUUUUUUUUUAAAUCGUUUUUGAUAAAUCUGUAUUUUUGAGGUAAAUGUUACCGUCUAAUCUGUUGAAUCAUUGAUCAUGUAACUCAUCUCCAGAUUUGAUUUCCCCACCUUGAAGUCGUGGUUGUAACUGAAGGAUGUUUCUCUUUGAUCGACUACUUCACGCGAACCUGCUCUACGAAUAAGCGAUAUUUUGCACAGUGGUGAAACAUUUAGUUGAUUUUGUUUUUAUUUUUGUGUUUGUCAUGUCACACGGUGAUAAUUGGAGGUUUGAUUUCGCCGUAGAGUGCCUGUAGUGCUUGUUUCGCAAGCCUGAUGCCACACACACACACACACACACACACACACACACACAACAUGAAUCAUUACAACUUAACUCUCACUAGUUGAAUGUCUGUUGUUUAGUGUCGGCGCCGCAUCACGGGCCGUCACGGGAAAACUCUUAUUUUGCUGUCGUUGUCUGCUGCGCACAAAACUGAAGCACCUGUCCUUUUUGUUUUUUGUUUUUCUGAAGAUUGCGUGCUUUAAAUAAUUCCUCUGUAAAUGUUUAGUGUACAUACGGUGUGGCUGGGAUGGGAUUUCACUGUAAGUCGUUUUGUACCGACGUGUCGGGACUGAAUGGAGAAGGAAUUUCUCAGAGAAAUGAUUUGUUAAUGUUUGCUUGAGAUACUUGAAAUUUCUGUUUUGUAAAAAAAAAAAAA